UCUCUCACAGGUGACUUGCAUAGUGGAAAAGAAGAAAGUAAACGCCCACUGGUGCUUCUAGCUUUCAUGCGAUGGGUGUUCGGCUUUCUCUGAGUUCACUGACUGGUAAUCAGGAAAUGCCUGUUAAGACACAAGCCCAGAUUCAGUGCGACAGACUGUGAUUUUAGUCGCUCGAGGGUGUUCAAUGAUCAGGAAGAGACUGGACGAGACGUUUUAGAAAGAGCCGAGCGAAUGAUUUAAUUCUGCAGUAUGAAUAUCUAGAUUGAUAAUGUUAGGUGAGGGCUGAAGGUUUGUAGGUGAGAGACAUCACACACCUUCGAUCAUGCCAAAAACGAAAAGCGACGAGGAGUUUACUUUCGUCAGUCCAGUGGUGAAAUAUUUACUUUUCUUCUUCAACAUGAUAUUUUGGAUAAUCGCACUGAUCCUGAUAUCUAUUGGAGUUUAUUCCAGGACGGUUAAACAUGAGACAGCGCUGGCCUGUCUGACGGUGGAUCCUGCUCUAUUACUGAUGAUAGUGGGCAUUAUCAUGUUCUUCAUCACAUUCUGCGGCUGUGUGGGUUCUCUGAGGGAAAACAUAUGCUUACUGCAGACGUUCUGCAUCAUCCUAACUAUCAUCUUUCUGCUGCAGCUAGUGGCUGGUGUUCUGGGUUUUUUCUUCUCAGACAAGGCACGUGGAAAAGUAACAGAUAUGAUCGACAACGCCAUCGAGCAUUACAGGGAUGAUAUAGAUCUUCAGAACUUCAUCGACUAUGGACAAAAACAGUUUAACUGCUGUGGUGGAAUCUCCUACAUGGAUUGGUCUCAGAACAUGUACUUCAAUUGUUCAAAAGAGAACCCGAGCAGAGAGCGCUGUUCUGUGCCCUUCUCCUGCUGUCUGCUCUCCAAAGAGGAGAAUGUUAUAAAUACCAUGUGUGGUCAUGGGGUGCAGCAGCUAAAAUAUCUUGAAGCUAGUGCCUUCAUUAACACCAAUGGCUGCAUUGAUAAACUGGUGAACUGGAUCCACAGUAACCUGUUUCUGUUGGGGGGUAUCGCACUGGGCCUGGCCAUCCCACAGUUGGUUGGGAUUCUCCUCUCUCAGAUUCUUAUUAAUCAAAUCCAGGAUCAGAUUAAACUACAGAAUUACAGCCAACAACAUCGCUCAGACCCCUGGAGCUGAAACAGUCGAGAAAAAACAUUAAAUGCAUUUUUAUAGAAAGCUUAGGAACUCAUUGCUGCCUGAAGUGACUGACAUGGACUGGAUUCUGAAUAAGGAGAACUGGGCUUAAAGGGAUAGUUCACCCAAAAAUGAAAAUUCUGUCAUCAUUUACUCACCCUCAUGUCAUUCCGAACCUCUCCAUAGUAGGAAAAAAAAAAUACUAUGGAAGUCAAUGGCAACCACCAACUGUUUGAUUACCAGCCAUCUUCAAAAUGUCUUCUUUUAUUUUCAACAUAAGAAACCAACUCAUACAGGUUUGGAACAACAUCAAGGAGAGUAAAUGAUGACAGAAUUUUCAUUUUUGGGUGAACUAUCCCUUUAAGAACAGGCAACCAAGACACAUUUUCAUAUGCAAGGUCAAUUGUAUGAUAUUUUGGGAUAGUGUAAAAGACAAGCUAAAGAUCAAGAGGUCAAUAAAACUAUUUUGUAAUAUUUUAUGAACACAAAAUAUUUUUAAGGUUUGUGAUCCUAGCAAAGGACGGUGUAAACUUACUGAUUUCCAGUUUGGACAUUUUUUAAAACAAACUUGUAUUGGUAGAUAUUAUGAACAUUGAAGAUCUAUAUAGAAAUGAAAGUAUUUUUAUUCACAAUUAUAUUUUGAUUAAUAAUUCACUUUAACAAGUCUGUACAGUCAUAUGUCCUUCUUAAUUUCCAUGUUAUUUAAGUAUUGUUUCAAGUAAUUUAUUUUUAAAAUGCACAAAACAUUUAAAGGUUAUAUUAUAAAAUAGCUCACUAACCAAAUCACUCCAUGCCAUUUGGCUGUGAUCUUUCUGGAAGGACUAAAUAUGGCCAUAAAAAAACCUGCUUAUAGUCUGAACAAACACAACAUGCUUGAGUUGCCAGAGAUUCAAGUGUUUACUUUACUUUUGAUACGCAGACAGUGGUGAGUGUCAUCCUUCUGUUUGUACAAAAUCCUGUUCAGAGUGGAUCUCAAUCGAUACACACAAUAAUGGAUGUUACUGUUUCAGUGGUGUUCUUUUUAUUAUUUCUUUUUAUAUAAAAAAUUAAAU